UAUACAAAGUUCCGACUAUCUCUGCUUGCACUUGGCCGUGCUUUUAGUGCCGCGCAGUGAUUCCCCGAACAGAUAAUGUAGAAACUUAGUUUAUCUGAUGUAUCAAUAUUGACAAACAUGAAGUUUCGCGCGGAAAUUUUUCCCCGGAUCGGUCAAAGCUGAGAUCGUCGGUUUUGUAUAAAAUGUUCUGCCGUAGGAGAGCUAACACAUAGCAGUACUUGUUUUGCUUUGAACAGAGUCUGAAGAAUCGCUCGACUAUUCGCAACCAUGAAGGCUGUAUACUUCGUUUUCCUGCUCGUCGCUGCCCUGGCUUACUUCACGUCCAACGUUGCUGCUGCUUGCAACGACCGUGACUGUUCGCUCGACUGCAUCAUGAAGGGCUACAACACUGGUAGUUGCGUUCGUGGAAGCUGUCAGUGCCGUCGUACCAGCGGUUAAAAAGAUACCAACACAAGAUCUUCUGAACAUUGAUGGAAGAAUUAGACAUAUUUUCAAAAUUAUAUCCAUUUUGAUUUUGAUAUUUUAUAUUGACCACAAAAAACAAUACUAUCGCAUGAAUAAAGCAUAAAAACUCUUUAAA